AGGAAACUCUGCCAACAAUGCAUCCUUGGGACAGCAGCAGUGGCACGAACAACGCACCAAUGCAUCGACGACAACCGUGCACGCAAUCGUCCUUGCCCAUGGCCGCGGGCGCACAUGCAGCAAGUCACGGCAUCAGCGCCCAUUCCGCGCGCGUCCGGCGUACCUUUGGAACAGUCUAGACCCAAGCCACACACCAGACGCUCAGCGUGAAACGGCACGGAAAUCUCGAGCUGGUCUGGAUGCCUUUCGACACCGUGGAGCGUCUGUGCUUCCUCCAUCUCCAACAACUCAUCGUCAAUUCUGCCUGCACACGUCUUUCUGGUCGUCCGAAGGGCAGCCUCGCACCCCCCAGACCAGAUUGCAGACGACAUUAGGCGCUGUGUCCAUCACGGCCGAGGCGACCUUGAAUCUCGCCACCCUCCUGUCAGUACCGAACCGGAGCGGGCAGGGCGAUCCGAUCCUCGAGCCUGGCAAACCUACGACUCGACGAGCGCAUGCCUUGAACCCUCUGUCGCGGCAUCACGGUUGAAUGUGCGGCUGCCCCAUUCCCAAGACAUCGAACGAGCCGCCACCUGCGCGCCAGCAUCAGAGAGGAGUGGCGUGCCAUCAUCGCCGCGACCAACCCCACGUACGACGACCGGCAAUCGCUGUGAGCGAUUCGCUGCAACCUCACUCGCCCUCCCGCUUCGUCGGCGCCCGGUCGUGAUGAUGGACGAGGGUACUCUGGCGGCGGCGGCCGACAUUGUCACAUCUCUGGCCGCUGGUAACCCCACGGCUUCAUCGUUGUGCGAUGCUGCUGGACGCCAAAUCACCCUCCCCGGUCCCGAGACCGAGACCAAGAGACAUUUCGAGGCUGAGCUUCAGAAGCUCGCAAUCCGGGUCCGCCAGCUCGAGAGCAGAGCCUCCGCUGCCCCCUUCCCUACUUUGCCGCAGACUCCAAAUGAGCUCAACGAUACCCUCUUCGGUUCAAGCGGCGUCUGCAGUCCGGCCGCCGCUGCCUCCAAGCAGGGUCCUCAGUCCGGCGUCUAUGGCGCCACCUCUGCAGAAAGCCCUCCUCUCAAGCGCCGGCGGCUGGACCACGAGGCGCUCGAUGCGCUGCAAGAGCACGUCAGCGACCAGUCCAAGUUACUCGACACCCAGCGUCAGGAAAUCACUGGCCUCAAUGCUCAACUGGUCACGCAGACCAAAUUGCAACAAGGCACCCUGGAUAUCUUGGAACACAAGUCUGUCGCCACCCUCGAGAGGGAGCUGCUCAAGCACCAAAAGGCCAACGAAGCGUUCCAAAAGGUGCUGCGGGAGAUUGGCCAAAUCAUCACUGCUGUUGCCCGUGGCGAUCUGACCAUGAAGGUACGCAUGAACGCCGUGGAGCUGGACCCCGAGAUUACGACUUUCAAGCGCACCAUCAACGCCAUGAUGGACCAAUUGCAGACUUUCGCCAGCGAAGUCUCCCGAGUAGCACGCGAAGUCGGCACCGAAGGUCUGUUAGGUGGGCAGGCAGUCAUCGGCGGCAUCGACGGGACUUGGAAGGAACUUACAGACAAUGUGAACGUCAUGGCCCAGAAUCUCACCGACCAAGUCCGAGAAAUCGCGUCAGUGACAACCGCGGUCGCGCACGGCGACCUGACCAAGAAAAUCGAACGACCCGCGAGGGGAGAGAUCCUAGAGCUGCAACAAACCAUCAAUACCAUGGUCGACCAACUGCGAACAUUUGCUUCCGAGGUUACACGUGUGGCAAGGGAUGUCGGCACCGAGGGCAUUCUCGGGGGCCAGGCAGAUGUUGCUGGCGUGCAAGGGAUGUGGAACGACCUGACUGUCAACGUCAACGCCAUGGCCGACAACUUAACAACACAAGUCCGCGAUAUCGUCAAGGUGACUACUGCCGUGGCAAAGGGCGAUCUUACGCAAAAGGUCCAAGUCGACUGCAGAGGCGAAAUCUUCGAGUUAAAGUCCACGAUCAAUUCCAUGGUCGACCAACUGCAGCAAUUCGCUCGAGAGGUGACGAAAAUUGCCAAAGAGGUCGGCACGGAAGGCCGACUUGGUGGUCAAGCUACCGUUCACGAUGUGCAGGGGACGUGGAGAAAUUUGACGGAGAAUGUCAACUACAUGGCAAUGAACCUAACCACCCAGGUUCGCGAAAUUGCAAAGGUAACUACAGCAGUGGCCAAGGGAGACUUGACAAAGAAAAUUAGCGUCGAGGCAAGGGGAGAGAUUCUCGAGCUGAAAAACACCAUAAACCAAAUGGUCGAUCGGUUAGGCACCUUCGCUCUUGAGGUCAGCAAGGUUGCUCGAGAGGUCGGAACCGAAGGAACCUUAGGCGGGCAGGCACAAGUCUCGAACCUCGAGGGCAAGUGGAAAGAUUUGACCGAGAAUGUCAACACCAUGGCGUCAAACCUCACAGUCCAAGUGAGGAGUAUCUCUGCGGUGACGCAAGCCAUCGCCAAUGGAGAUAUGAGCCAAACAAUUGACGUCGAAGCCAACGGAGAGAUCCAGGUGCUUAAAGUCACAAUCAAUAACAUGGUCGGUCGGCUCUCGAGCUUCUGUUACGAAGUGCAGCGGGUUGCCAAGGACGUCGGUCUUGACGGGAAAAUGGGCGCUCAGGCCGACGUCGUUGGCCUCGAUGGGCGUUGGAAGGAAAUCACUACAGACGUCAACACCAUGGCCAGCAAUUUGACAACACAAGUGCGAGCGUUUUCUGACAUUACCAACUUGGCGACAGACGGUGACUUCAGCAAGCUGGUCGACGUGGAGGCCUCCGGAGAGAUGGAUGAACUGAAACGGAAGAUCAACCAGAUGAUAUCGAACCUGCGAGACAGUAUCCAGAGGAACACGCAAGCUCGAGAAGCCGCCGAGCUAGCUAAUAGGACCAAGUCGGAAUUCCUGGCUAACAUGUCUCACGAAAUCCGGACUCCAAUGAACGGCAUCAUCGGCAUGACCCAGCUCACCCUCGAUACGGAUUUGACACAGUACCAGCGAGAGAUGCUCAACAUUGUAAAGAGCCUGGCCACGAGCCUUUUGACCAUCAUUGACGAUAUUCUGGAUCUGUCGAAAAUUGAGGCGAGACGGAUGGUCUUAGAGGAGAUUCCCUACACGCUUCGAGGGACAGUCUUCAACGCCUUGAAGACGCUAGCAGUCAAAGCCAACGAAAAAUGCCUAGACCUAACCUUCAAAGUGGAUAGCUCGGUCCCAGACUACGUGGUAGGGGACUCGUUCCGUCUGAGGCAGAUCAUCAUAAACUUGGUAGGCAAUGCCAUCAAGUUCACUGAGCGUGGGUCGGUCGGCCUAACGAUCCGCGAGAGCCCAGAGCCAUUGCCAAUUGACCACGGAGAGUAUGCCUUGGAAUUUGCCGUUGAGGACACGGGCAUCGGCAUUGCCGAAGACAAGCUUGACCUCAUCUUUGAUACAUUCCAGCAAGCUGACGGCUCCAUGACGCGCAAAUUUGGUGGUACCGGGCUAGGUCUUUCUAUUUCGAAGCGACUCGUUAACCUCAUGGGGGGAGAUCUCUCCGUCAGCAGCGAGGCCGGACGGGGGAGCCAGUUUUACUUUACUUGCAAGGUAAGACUGGCGUCUGGAGGAGCGGAGUUUAUUCAGAAGCAGUUACAACCAUAUCGUGGCCACCAGGUCUUGGUCGUGGACAAGGCGCUCCCGAAUUCUGGGACGGAAAUCGAGGACAUGCUCAAGCAACUCGGCCUACGACCCAUCAUCUUCAGUCUCGACGGACGCCAGGUCUCUGGGAACACCAACGGAGCCGUUCCGGAAGACUGCGACGCGAUUGUCGUGGAUUCCAUCGACACGGCCCGGAGAUUCCGCGCCAUGGAUCAGUUCAAGUACUUUCCCGUUGUUCUUCUGGCGCCUGUGGUCAACGUCAAUCUCAAAACCUGCCUCGAGCUAGGCAUCACAUCGUACAUGACAACGCCGUGCCAGCUCGUGGACCUGGCCACUAGUAUGAUCCCCGCCUUGGAGAAUAGGGCCACGCCAUCGCUCGCUGAGAACACCAGGACGCUGGAGAUUUUGCUGGCUGAGGACAACACCAUCAACCAGAGACUAGCCGUCAAGAUCCUACAGAAAUACCACCACGUCGUCACAGUAGCAGGCAAUGGACUGGAAGCAGUGGAGGCCGUCAAGGAAAAGAAGUUUGAUGUUAUUCUCAUGGACAUUCAGAUGCCCAUCAUGGGGGGCUUUGAAGCCACAGCGACCAUCCGUGAGUAUGAGCAACGAACCGGGGCCAAGAAGACGCCCAUCAUCGCGCUGACAGCGCACGCCAUGAUCGGGGACCGAGAGAAGUGCAUGCAGGGACAAAUGGACGAGUACCUCUCGAAGCCACUGCAGCAGAACCAAUUGUUGGACACGAUUUUACGAUGCGCGAGCUUGACAGAAUAGCCGAAUGCACGAUACCGACCGAAUCUUUUUGUAUAUAGAAGGAGGACGUGGCAUUAGGCGAAAGAGCAUGAAGCAGCGCUUAUUAUAUACCCUUAUACAAAUGGAAUGGAGCCCGCUUGCUUCCAGGCAUGAUGGAACAUGGCGAGACUCUACUCGCGCGUGC